ACAAAUUAAGUGGAGCAGCCCGGUGAAAGGGAAGACAGAGUGCCUCUCAUCCCAGAACUGCCGAAGAGGACUAGUGAUGGCGCUACCAUGGAUGCUUGUCCUGUGCGCCGUGUCGGUCAAAUCCUCGUUUCAGCCCGCCCUGGUGCUAGAAACGGCCAAGAUUCUCUCGGAAAACUACUGUCUCCCUGAGAAUCUGGUUGGGAUGCAGGGAGCCAUCGAACAAGCCAUCAACAGCGAGGAAAUCCUGCAGAUUUCCGACAGGAAGACCCUGGCGGCUCUGCUCACAGUCGGAGUACAAGGCGCCUUGAACGACCCGCGGCUUACCGUGUCGUACGAACCCAAUUUCGUCCGGGUCGUGCCGCCAAUGCUCCCGUCACUCCGGAGAGAACAACUGAUCCGGCUGGUGAGAAACUCCGUCAAGGUGGAUAUUCUGGAAAACAAUGUUGGGUAUUUGCGGAUAGAUGACAUCAUUGGGGAAGAGACGGCGGCCAAACUUGGCUCACUGUUGCGGGACAACAUUUGGGACAAAAUUGCUCACACAUCCUCACUUAUCUUCGAUCUGAGGUACAGCACGGGCGGAGAGCUCUCGGGAGUUCCGUUCAUAAUCUCCUAUUUCUCUGACCCUGAGCCCCUCGUCCACAUUGACACAGUAUACGACAGGCCUUCGAAUACAACCAAGGAGCUAUGGACCACUGCAUCAAUAAUGGGCGAACGUUAUGGAAAGAAAAAGGACGUUGUUAUUCUAACAAGUAGGCGCACUGUUGGAGCUGCUGAGGCCGUGGCAUAUACACUAAAAAACCUUAAGAGAGCAAUUACUGUAGGAGAAAGGUCUGCUGGUGGGUCGGUGAAAGUUCAAAAGAUUAAAAUUGGCCAGUCCGACUUUUACAUAACAGUUCCUGUGGCAAGAUCGGUUAAUCCGGUCACAGGUCGGAGCUGGGAAGUCAGCGGAGUUUCUCCGACAGUUAAUGUCGCUGCUAAAGAAGCUGUCACGAAGGCCAAAUUGCUUCUGGUUGUAAGGAGUACCAUUCCUAAAGUCAUUCAAAGUAUCUCAGACAAAAUCACGAAGUUGUAUGCUUUCACUGAAAGAGUUCCAGCCCUGCUACAACAUUUGCAGUCAACAGACUUAUACUCCGUUGUAUCCGAAGAGGACCUAGCAUCCAGAAUCAACCAGAACCUCCAGACUGUGUCAGAAGAUCCACGACUGCUCAUCAGAUACACGCAAGACCACGGUGCCAUUGCAGAAGAGGAUCCUGGGCUUUAUAAAGUAUCAGAGAGUCUAGAAUUAUUAAAGGCAUAUACCGAUAAAGAAUUCAAAGUGGAAAUUCUUCCAGGAAAUACAGGCUAUCUGCGCUUUGACAAAUUAAUUGAGACACCUGCAAUAGCUGAACUAGAGAAGUUCAUGGCUCAGAAGAUAUGGGAACCCCUCAAAAAUACUGAUAACUUGAUUAUCGAUCUGCGCAACAAUACAGGGGGAUCAUCUAACUCUCUUGCUCUUAUAUUGUCUUAUCUUCACGACUCCUCCCAGAAGCAUCACUUUUUCACUACAUAUGACCGAACUCAGAACACGACAACAGAGCACAACUCUUUGGCCAAAGUCACGGGCCCAACAUAUGGCUCUAAGCGGGGUGUUUAUGUCUUAACCAGCUACUACACUGCAAGCGUCUGGGAAGAGUUUGCUUACCUGAUACAAUCCUUGCAUUGUGGCACAGUUAUUGGGGAGAUAACAUCUGGUACACUGAUGCAUUCAAAGACCUUCAAAAUAGAAGACACGGAUAUUUUAAUAACUGUCCCUUUCAUAAACUUUAUCGACAAUAAUGGGGAAUGCUGGUUGGGAGGUGGCGUGGUCCCUGAUGCUAUUGUCUUAGCUGAGGAUGCUAUUGAUUAUGUUCAUGAAAUUGCGGCGUUCCACAGAGGUCUCCAGUCCCUCAUAGAAAGGACUGGAGACUUGUUGGAAAAAUACUACGCAAUCCAUGAUGUUGCACAACACGUUAGCAAUGUGCUCUUAAGUAAAUGGGCUGAUGGGCUGUACCGGUCAGUGGUUGACUUUGAAUCUUUAGCGUUUCAGUUGACAGAAGACCUCCACGAGAGUUCAGGUGAUCACCGCCUGCAUGUCUUCCAUUGCGAUGUGGAACCUGGGUCAGCUCACGACGUCCCUAAGAUCCCUACAGCUGAAGAGGCUGGAUAUAUCAUCGAUGCUCUGUUUAAAACUGAACUGCUGCCAGGGAACAUUGGCUAUCUGAGGUUUGACAUGAUGGCAGACAUAGAGGUGGUAAAAACCAUUGGUUCUCAGCUCAUAAAAUUAGUGUGGAACAAAAUAGUAAACACAGAUGCUCUCAUAAUUGAUAUGAGGUUCAACACUGGUGGUUAUUCAACAGCAAUUCCUCUAUUAUGCUCCUAUUUCUUUGACACUGAACCUUUGCAACAUCUUUAUACUGUUUUCGACCGCACCACAAACAACAUGACUAAAGUCAUGACUUUGCCUCACAUAAGGGGUAAGAGAUAUGGAUCCUCAAAGGACCUCCUCAUCCUCACUAGUCACAUGACCGGGUCAGCAGCUGAGGUGUUCACUCGCACCAUGAAGGACUUGGAUAGGGCCACAGUUAUUGGGGAGCCGACAAUUGGAGGGUCUCUGUCCAGUGGAACCUACCAGAUCGGGGAUAGUGUCCUGUACGCUUCCAUUCCUAACCAGGUAGUUUUAAGUCCCACCACUGGAAAAGUGUGGAGCUUUUUAGGGGUGGAACCUCAUGUUGUUGUCCAGGCAAAAAGGUUCAUGCCAAAACAGUGUCAUUUGUCAAAGAACCACUUGAGGAAGGAGGUUCAGCUGCCUGAUUUCCAGUUUACUCGCUUUUGUCAGACAGAACUGACAAACAUGGCAAGGAUUCUCUUUCUUGUUAUUUCUUUGCUUGUUUUGGGGAAUGUUUCCUCCUUCUCAACAAGCCUCAUUGAAGAUCUGGCAAAAAUUGUCAUGGACAAUUACUGCUCCCCCGAGAAGCUCGUGGGGAUGAAAGAGGACAUCCAGGCUGCCACAACCAACACAGAGGUCCUCACCAUCCCAGAUGCCGACUCAUUGGCCAACGUUUUAACAAGUGGAGUCCAGACUACGGUCAGCGACCCACGCGUGAAGGUCUCUUUUGAGCCAAGCUACGUUCCAGUUGUCCCUCCUCAAUUUCCUCAGCUGCCUCCCGAGCAGCUUCUCGCAGUCCUCCAGACCUCCAUAAAGCUAGACAUCCUGGAUGGCAACAUCGGCUACAUGAGGAUCGAUCACAUCCUCGGGGAGGAUGUCGCUGAGAAGGUUGGCCCAUUGCUUUUAGACCUAGUCUGGAAUAAAAUUCUGCCAACCUCAGCACUGAUCUUCGACUUGCGCUACACUGGCAGCGGGGAAGUGUCCGGAAUCCCCUACAUCGUUUCUUACUUUACAGAAGCAGAGCCUCAGAUUCACAUCGACACCAUUUAUGACCGCCCCUCAAACACUACGACUAAGCUGUACUCUAUGACAACGCUGCUGGGACAGAGGUAUGGCGUGACCAAGCCUCUGGUUGUGCUUACAAGCAAAAACACAAAAGGCAUUGCUGAAGACGUGGCGUACUGCCUCCAAAAUCUGAAGAGAGCCACCGUUGUAGGGGAAAAGACCGCUGGGGGUUCAGUGAAAGUCGAAAAAUUCAAAUUGGGUGAAACUCCAUUCUACGUUACUGUGCCCACUGCAAAGUCCAUCAACCCAAUUACAGGCUCCACCUGGGAGGUCACGGGCAUGACCCCAGAUGUGGAAGUCAAUGCCGAGGAUGCGCUUGCCACCGCCAUCAAGAUCAUCAAUCUCCGAGCCGAAGUUCCCGCCAUCAUUGAUGAAUCAGCUAUCCUGAUUGCCAACAACUACGCCUUUGAAAAUGUCGGGGCAGAUGUUGCUGAAAAGCUGAAAGAGCUCCUGGCAAAUGGCGAGUUUAGCAUGGUAACCUCCAAGGAGAGUCUGGAGGAAAAGCUUUCUGCUGAUCUAAGCACAAUUUCAGGAGACAAGACCUUGAAAACCACCAGCAAUGUCCCAGCCCUACCACCCGUGGAUUAUACACCCGAGAUGUACAUUGAGCUGAUCAAAGUUUCCUUCCACGCCGACGUGUUCGAAAACAACAUUGGCUACCUUCGCUUUGACAUGUUUGGGGACUUUGAAGAGGUCAAACCUAUUGCCCAGGUCAUUGUUGAGCAUGUUUGGAACAAAGUACUCAACACAAAUGCCCUGAUCAUUGACCUUAGGAACAACAUUGGUGGUCCUACUACGGCCAUCGCAGGCUUCUGCUCAUACUUCUUUGAUGCCGACAAGCAAAUUUUGCUGGACAAGCUCUACGACAGACCAUCUGGUACCACCAUAGAGCUCCUGACCCUCCCUGAGCUCACUGGCACGAGGUAUGGCUCCAAGAAAAGCCUCAUCCUCCUGACCAGCAAGAUCACUGCAGGUGCAGCGGAGGAGUUUGUGUACAUCAUGAAGAAACUGGGCCGGGCCAUGAUCAUCGGAGACACCACCGCCGGAGCCUCCCACCCGCCAAAGACCUUCGCCGUGGGAGACAGCGGCAUCUUCCUCAGCAUCCCGACCGUCCACUCGGACACGACAGGUGGGCCGGCCUGGGAGGGAGCUGGCGUCCUACCUCAUAUUCCAGUCCCGGCCGACGCUGCCCUCGAGACAGCCAAGGGUAUCCUCAACAAGCACUUUGCGGGCCAGCAGUAAACCACAUCCUGAACAAACCAGGGGGGAGACGCCUUUUUUCACUUUUGCUUUGGCGGCCGGAGGGUCUCACGAAUCUGGGCUUGUUCAAGGAGAAAGUGUAAUCUGUUAUUAAUGCCUUCUUAGGGUAUGUAGAGCAAAGUUACGGCAAUAUUGUCGGUAGUCGUUACGCCUGUUCAUAGUUACUUUGACUCUGGUUUGUGGGAGUGAAUGGCAAUGAAAAGUCAACUUGUUUCCUUUUGUCAGCAGAGUAUGUCGGACACGAGCUGCAAUAGCAGAGCAACUUUAAAAAGACACGGAACGAAUUCAGCAAAUGUAUGAAAAUAUGCUUUCAAAACGAGAUUGCUUUUCGCGUGUAAUGCUGGAUGUUUGGAAUUGAGGCCUUUGAAAAGCCGUCAGUUUGUUAGGUGGGGCACCACCUCAGAUGACGUCUUCAUUUUGGAUGAAACUGCAUGUGCAACAUGUCAUGUGGACCUUCUGGGGUUGUAUCAAUUACACUGAAAUACAAUUAAAAAAAGACAACUGAAAUACAAAGCUCA